UUUAUUUGUAUUUUCCUCAUGCUCAGAGUUUUACGGCUCGUGAACCCUUGCGCACAUUCCUGGCUUUCCUUGCGAUGGAGUUGCUCGGCGCGGUGGCCAGUGGUGUGACCCUCGCCGCGUUAUUCAAGUACGCAUUCGAAGCCUUGGACCUCAUUCAACUCUACCAGACACAAGAUGUGGACUUCAACAAGCUGCAGCUCCAGUUCCGGCUUGAAAAAUGCCGGCUCUACAAUUGGGGCAUGGAAAUGGGUCUGGCGAACAACUCGAGACCGAAUCUUUUGAACGAUUGGCAUCACAAAGAUGUUGUCACCGACUGCUUGCGACAUAUUGUGCGCUUACUGUCCGACGCCGAGAGCAUUCACGACAAAUACGGGUGUGUUGAAGUGACACCGUCAACAGAAUUGCUCAUCGAACGAGGGCCUCAGUAUUCACGCAGCAUCGCCGCAGUGUUUGAUAACUUCAAGAUUCAAUCCUCGAGGUUCGAGAAGAGCCGAGCGACAGUACAUCGAAAAUCGAGAUGGAUCGUCCGGGACCGGAAGAAGUUCAUCCUAUUGAUCGAGGAAGUCCGCAGCCUAAUAGACAGUCUUCAGAACAUCACAAACGAGUUAUCCAGUACUGCAAGGCUGGAGGAGGCGCUCCGCUCCCGAAUCGGCGGUAUUCCAGACGUUGAAACACUUUUGAUGAUCGCCUCCGUCUGGAAGGAAUCCCAUCCUUGCAUAGCCUCUACAGCGUCCACAAAGGCUGAGUCUCUCUCAAUGAGCUCUGGGCAAAAUAUGGAUAUCUCAGAGUGGCAGUCUUUUAUUGGUAGCGAAGAUUCCGAUGAAACGCUUGUUGGAAAUCUAGAGGAUCUCACCAUAACGGAGCUGAAACACUCCGUUCUGCAGUCAAGGGAAGAAAUUGCAAGCCUGAAAAAGAUGAUAGACGAGGGGGCGAAAAGAAUGACUAUUUUGGAGAGAGGAAUUACUGAAGGACAGGUCUUAGUAAUAAAGGAAGUUUUCAGAGAAAUGAGGUUGCGGAAGUCCGUCACGGUCCAGACGCUGGGUUCGCUCCCUGGGAUUAUUAUUAUUACCCUUAUUAGCUCUGAUUUAGAGAUGGUGUCAGUGUGGGGGUUGAUUUAUGCCAGCUGGUUCCCACUAAUGGUAUAUGCGGCGGUCUGGUUUUCAGGGUAUAGCUUUGCAAGACGCCGAUGGAAGAGCGGAGGAAGGGCGUUGGAGCUUGCCACAUGUUGAACUACAGCCGGAUCCGCUGCAUCCGACAAGUCAGAGUCUCUAAGAAUCAGUAGUUUCUAUUGUGGAAGCUUAGGGACUGUUAAGAGGUCAAGACCAGUGGCUUGUGUCACGUGUGACUAAGGUAUUCCCUUGCCUUUAUUAGCUGCGGGGCCGGCUUGUCUCCCAGACCACACUUUGACAGG